AUUGCAUCACCGAACGAACCGUCGUCUCCUAUGCUCACGCAGCUUUGCCGAUGUGAUGACCGCCUUCACCUAGCUACAAGCCGCGGUCGCCAUAUUCUAUCGAGAUGGCCUACAUCGCUCCAAUCCACCGGCCCAGCAGCGUGCGGCAUGCGCUGCUCACCCGCCUUCUGUCGGCUCAUGAGGAGAGCCUGGUGGUUGCAAAGGCCAAUCGACUAGAGAUAUGGCGGCUUUCUGAGGGCAUGCUCGUUCUGGCCCAUUCGAAAGUUGUCAACGGCACCAUCUCUAUCCUCCAGAAGCUCCGACCAAUAUACUCCCACACCGAUCUUCUAUUCAUUGGCACAGAGCGGUUUGAAUACUUUACGCUGGCAUGGAACGCUCAGACAUCGCAACUUGACACUAUAGAUCCAUUCAAGGACCCAGGCGAGCGUCAUAUGCGCGAUUCACAGAGCCAAGAUAAAUGUCUGGUCGAUCCGUCGGGGAGAUAUCUGGCGAUGCACCUGUGGGAAGGGGUGUUGACAAUAUUGCGAUUGGGGAACAGGAAGAACACGGCCAUGACACUGGAGUGGAUGGACCAGGUGCGAUUACAUGAGCUUUUCAUCAAGGCGAGCACCUUCCUCUACACCGAAACGGGACAUCCCAAAAUCGCCUUCCUCUACCAGGACCGCUCCGACUCGGAGGACUCCCAACUGGCUGUCUAUCGGCUUACAUCGGACGACCGGGACACCGUCGCUUCCCGGUUCGACGCUACCCGCGACCGGGAGAUUUCCAUGGAGAUUCAAGACGCGGGCGCAUCCAUGUUAAUACCCGUUCGGAAGGUGGAAGAGGAAGUUAAACGUCACAAUGUACGGAACGUCGAGUCGGCUAAAGCACAUGUCGGCGGCCUAAUAGUGGUGGGCGAGAUAAGGUUGCUCUACAUCGACGAAGUCACUAAAACUACGGUCGAAUCAGGCCUGGAGGAGGCUUGCAUUUUCGUGGCAUGGGCCGAGUAUGACGUGUUGCACUACCUCUUAGCCGACGAUUAUGGGAGCCUGCAUCUGCUCUCCAUCAACACCGACGGCGUCGUCGUAACCGGGAUGGAUGUGUUCAAGAUUGGCAGGACGUCUCGCGCCAGCAACCUGGUCUAUCUCGGAAACAACCUCUUAUUUGUCGGAUCCCACCACGGAAAUAGCCAGCUGUUUCGGCUAGAUCUCCUUAGUAGCGAUGGCCAGUACCUGCACCUCGUCCAGACCCUCCCGAACAUCGGCCCAAUUCUAGACUUUGCUAUAAUGGACAUGGGAAACAGGGGUGAUGAUGGCCAAUUGGGCAAUGAGUACUCAUCCGGUCAGGCCCGUAUUGUUACCGGCAGUGGCGUGCACAAGGACGGGACGCUUCGGAGUGUGCGGAGCGGUGUCGGUCUGGAGGAUAUCGGCAUUCUUGCUGACCUGGAGCACUGUCGCGGGCUUUUCCCCCUUAGAUCUCACGGUUCCCAGAAGACGGACGCCUUGGCAGUCUCGCUUCUGACUGAGACGCGGGUGUUUAAGUUUGAUCCACAAGGCGAAAUUGAGGAGGUAGAAUCGUUCUCUGGUAUGGUGUUCAACCAGCAGACGCUAUUGGCUAUGGAUCUGCCGGGUGGACAGCUCCUACAGGUCACAACAGCGGCUGCCACCCUUCUCGAUGCCGAGAGCGGUCUCACGAUAGCGUCGUGGGCACCGGACGGAGAGAGGAGUAUUUUACACGCAUCAGCCAACGCCCACUGGCUCCUUUUGUCCGUUGAUGGCACCGCGCUUGUCUCCAUGAGUAUACCUAAUGAUCUGAAGGUGGUGCGCGAAAAGGACAUCAGCAACCAGGACCAUGUUGCGUGUCUCCACGUGGCCCCUCAGUUACGUGAUGUCGCCGUGGUGGGCUUUUGGACGUCAGGGACCGUGUCCAUCAUCAACCUAAAUUCCUUGGAGCCAGUACAUGGAGAAUCACUUCGCACGUCCAAAAAUGAUGCUUCAAUACCUCGCGAUCUGGCGCUCGUCCAGAUACUACCACCCCAGACAGCCGGGCCUACCCUAUUCGUUGCGAUGCAAGACGGCAACGUCGUCACUUUUAACAUCUUGCCGGAUCUGGCUCUCUCGGGUAGAAAACGAGUCGUACUCGGAAUGCGGCAAGCUAGAUUACAUCUCCUACCACAACCGGACGGCGUUUUCAGCAUCUUUGCAACAACGGAACAUCCUAGCUUGAUAUAUGGCUCUGAAGGGAGGAUAGUCUACUCGGCUGUGACAGCCGACCAGGCCACCUACGUGUGCCCCUUCGACGCCGAAGCGUUCCCCGAUUGUAUAAUCCUGGCUACAGACUUGCAAAUUAAGGUUUCCCAGAUUGACCGCGAGAGACGGACGCACGUCAACACGUUGGAGAUGGGGGAGAUGGUUCGUCGCAUCGCCUACUCGCCAAAGGAAAAAGUGUUUGGCCUCGGAUGCAUAAGGAGAGAGCUUGCCGGCGGCCAAGAAGUGGUCCAGAGCUCGUUCAAACUAGUUGAUGAGGUCAUAUUUGACAGGGUCGGCAAGGAGUUCCAACUGGGCUCACCUUCCUACACGGAGUUGGUCGAGACAGUCAUUCGCGCCGAGCUGGUCGACUCGUACGGCAAUCCCGCGGAACGGUUCGUCGUCGGUACGGGCUUCCUGCCCGAUCCGGAAUUCGCAGCCGGCACCGACUCCCGUGGUCGCAUCCUCUUGUUCGGCAUCGACAGUGACAGGAACCCCUACCAGAUCCUCAGCCACGGACUCAAGGGCGCUUGUCGCCGCCUAGCCAUCAUGGAUGGCAAAAUCGUGGCAGCGCUGACCAAGACAGUCGUCGUCUUCCAGUAUGAGGAAACCUCUACUACGACGGGCCAGCUCACACGCCUCGCUUCGUACCGGCCCUCGACACAUCCCGUUGAUCUCGCGGUGCAAGGCAACAUGAUUGCCGUGGCGGACUUGAUGAAGUCAAUAUCGCUGGUGGAGUACGUUUCCGGGGGCGGAGAUGAGAACAGAAGCUCAACCCCGAAGCUCGUCGAGCGGGCAAGGCAUUACCAAUCGGCCUGGGCGACAGCGGUGUGUCAUGUGGAGGGCGACUCAUGGCUCGAAGCAGACGCUCAAGGAAACCUCAUGGUGCUGAGACGCAAUUUGGAGGGCGUUACGGCCGAGGAUAAGAAGAGGAUGGAGGUCACUAGCGAGAUGAACCUAGGGGAGAUGGUGAAUAGGAUAUCUGGGCUUACGGUUGAGACAUCGCCAGGGGCAAUUAUCAUCCCAAAGGCAUUUUUGGGAACGGUCGAAGGCGGCAUAUAUAUGUUCGGAACCGUUGCACCGCAUGCUCAAGACCUACUGUUACGAUUCCAGUCAAAGCUAGCAGACGUCAUCCAGACGGCGGGAGGUAUCGAAUUCAGGAGUUAUCGGGCGUUCAGGAACGCGGAACGCGAGGGAGAUGGGCCGUUCCGGUUCUUGGACGGGGAAUUGCUAGAGAGGUUUUUAGAUGUAGAUGAAGCGACUCAGGAGACCAUCUGCCAGGGUCUGGGUCCGAGUGUUGAGGAUAUGAGGAAUAUGGUGGAGGAGCUUCGGCGCAUGCAUUGAUCGGUAAAGUCGGGUGCUUCAGGCUGGAGCUGACUCGGAAAUGAAAAGAAUAUGUAAAGCUAGUUGUACAGGCAGUUCCAAACUUCGCCAACUGGCUCCUGCGCAAUCGCUGUCUUGU